ACAAUUGUUAUCACUACUGCUAUGUAGGGAAAAAGUUUUAAUGUAUUUAAUAUUAUUUAAUCAAAUAUUUAAAAUUUUAAUGUGAUAUUAUUGAAUGUAUUUGAUAUUAUUUAAAAUGGAACUGGGCUUAACUAAAUUAUAUUUAGCUGUGUUCUGUGUCCAAAUAAGUGAACUAUCAUGACUCUUUUGUCAGGGAUGAUUACCAAUCAAUUCAAUAAGUGUAGGGAACACUUACUGUUUUGUAUUCCCAAUAUAAGUUUAGGGUAACUAAAGUGUGGAAAACUAAAGAUAAACGCUAAAGAUGACUAAAUGCUAAAAUAGCCAUUCAUAUUUAUGUGUAUUUCAGUAUACCACAAUAGCCAAUACAUAUAUUCUAUGAAUAUAGACUUAACAAAAUUAUCAACACAUUAAAUUAGUUUGUGAGCUUCAUAUAAGAAUAUGCUGGCCCUUUUAAAACAACACCAAGCCAAUUAUAAAUGCUUAAUAAAUAUUUGCUAAAUGUUAUUAACAUACCAAUAGUGAAUUUAAAAAAAUAACUUUCAAGGAAUUAGUAAUACUAAUAUUCUCUUUACAAUAUAGUAUCCUUGCCAAUAAGUGAAAUUAUUAAAUAUCACUGUUUUAACUUUCCUUCUAAACAGAAAACAUCCUUGUUCACCCUAAUCUCUAUUACAGAAUAUAAAGUGCUUGAGAGUACAUUUUAUCUCCUUGUCUUUGUCUAACAGUUUGCAAGUUCAGAGGUAUUUUUGGUAAAAUCCAAAUUAUACUUUUCAAACUCCUCCUCCUUCUAUAUGUGUGAUACCUGCCAAGCCCUAAGUAAGUUAUGAGCAGCAGGUUACUAGCUUAUGUCAGAUUUUCCCUUCCAGCCCUGUGUAUGCACCGUUUAUCUUUAUUAACCACAAAAUCAUUUACUUUCACAGUUUAACCCAUAUUUGAUUUUAUUUUUGUUGGUUAUAUUUGUAGUAUUUUAUGAAAUAUCCCUCUUUACAAGGUCCCAUCAAAGUCUGGCAGUGACAAUUGAGUGAAUAUUUUCUUUUUAUCCUUAAUUAAAAUGGAACUGGGCUUAACUAAAUUAUAUUUAGCUGUGUUCUGUGUCCAAAUAAAUGAACUAUCAUGGCUCUUUUGUCAGGGAUGAUUACUGAUCAAUUCAAUGAGUGUAGGGAACCCUUACUGUUUUGUAUUACCAGAUAUUUCCCCUCUCCUCCUUCAUUCUUCUUUGGGGGAACUGCUUCUUACUCCAACCACAUGGCUUUACUUGUUGCAGUGGAUUUUUUCAGUAACCCCAUCUGCACAGUUCCAGAGGGUGUACACUGGGAUGGGCCCUGUCCAAUGCUGACAGGUCAAAACCCUUCCCUAGAAAGUAUAUGUUUGACUUCAUUGGCUUUAUUGCCUUCUUCAUGUUUGCAGAAAGACAUUGCCUGAAUUCAGAACUUACUGAUUUCCAAUAAAACAAAUGGGCAUUUCUUCUCAACUUUAGUGAGCUAUGCACACAAUGAGUUUAUGAAGGAAAAAAAAUUCCCCAAGGUUAUGUAUACAGAGACUGAAAAGAAAUCACAUUUUUCAGAAGUUACAGGCACACUGCAAUUUGACUGGGAGUAGAAACUGGAUUUAAAAUUUUAUAACUUCUUCUAACACGAUAGAACAAAUUCGUAUAUUUGUAAUAGAAUGUAAGCUCCUGAGAGCAAGAAUUUUUGUGUUUAAUUUACCGCUUUAUCCUGAGAAGCUAGAAAAAUUCCUGCACAGAGAAAUACUUAUUAAAUAAAUAAAUAAAAUUAUCUUGAGCCCAGUUUUGUCUACUGAACUUGUACCUUUAUAGAGAAGAUGAAUAUAUAGAUAAAUAGGUAUUACUUUGCUCUCACAACUGUUGUUAGAUACUUGAACAAAACUGCAUCACAGGUGAGGGGGAAAGGAGUUUAUAACACUCUAUGACCCAAAAGGUGUUCAAUGCAGUUUAGCUAUUAUUACGUUACUCUUUGAAAUAAAGACUACCUGAAGUUGUGAAGCAGAACGCUUGGUGGCGCUGCAGGUUAAGAGAGUGAAAAACUGUCGCUGCAUGCUCCCAGACUCCAUAAAAACCGAUCCGUUUCUGGCAGCUCACAAAGGAAACAUUCACACUGAUGGGUAAAGAAGAUUUCAGAGAGGCAGCUAUCCCCCUGUCAACGUUAAGAGCUAACUCAAGAUUACUGAACCAAGAUAGCAGAGUUGGCUGCAAAACAAUUAUUUUGUGAUUAAAUACUGCAUCUUUUAGACCCGGAGGAACCAUGGAGACGCCGCUACCCAAAGCGACGCAAAAAAGGCAAGUGACUGCCAUUAUUAUUCUAUUACUAUUGUGGGAGGUGGGUGGUGCGGUCAUUAAGUAUUCCGUUCUAGAAGAGAGACACAGCGGCUCAUUUGUGGCCAACCUAGCAAAAGAUCUGGGGUUGGGCUUAGGAGAGCUGGCCUCGCGGGGCGCCCGGAUUCUUUCCAAAGGGAAUAAACAGCAUUUGCAGGUCGAGCACAAGAGUGGGAAUUUGCUCCUAAAAGAAAAACUGGACCGGGAAGAGUUGUGCGGUGACAUGGAUCCAUGUAUACUGCAUUUCCAGGUGUUACUGAAAAACCCGGUGCAGUUUAUUCAAGGUGAAUUACAGCUCCAAGACGUAAAUGACCAUGCCCCUGAGUUCCUGGAAAAUGAAAUCCUACUGAAAAUCUCAGAAAGUAGCCAUACAGGAACCGCAUUUCCUUUGAAAAUAGCUCAAGAUUUAGAUGUGGGCAGUAACACAGUUCAGAACUACACAAUUAGCACCAACUUCCAUUUCCACCUUUUCACUCGAAAUCGCAGCGACGGCAGGAAAUACCCGGAGCUGGUGCUGGCCAAAGAGCUGGACCGUGAGGAGCAGCCAGAGCUCAGGUUAACCCUCACGGCGCUGGAUGGUGGGUCACCGCCAAAGACUGGGACUUCCCAGGUUCUCAUCAUGGUCUUGGACAUAAAUGACAACGCCCCUGAAUUUGCUCAGCAGCUCUACGAGGUGCAGGUCCCAGAGAACAGCCCUAUAGGCUCCCUUGUCAUCACUGUCUCUGCCAGAGAUUUGGAUGCUGGGACCCACGGAGAGCUCUCCUACUCAUUUUUCCAAUCAUCAAAUCAAGUCAUUCAGGCCUUUGAAAUCAACACAGUAACGGGGGAUAUUCGAUUAAAAAAAAUGUUGGAUUUUGAGGAAAUUCGAUCUUACCGUAUGGAAAUUGAGGCCUCAGACGGUGGGGGUCUUUCAGGAAAAUGCACUGUAGCCAUAGAAGUGACGGAUGUAAACGACAACGCCCCUGAAUUGACCAUGUCAUUACUCAUGAAUGAUAUCCCAGAAAACACCCCUGACACUGUGGUCGCUAUUUUCGGAAUUUCAGAUCCAGACGCCGGGGACAAUGGCAAAAUGAUGUGUUACAUCCAAGACCAUCUCCCAUUCCUUCUGAAAAUUUCUGUAGAAAAUUUCUACGCCUUGGUAACAGAAGGAGCGCUGGACAGAGAGAGCAGAGCCGAGUACAACAUCACCAUCACC